CGUCCCAUGGAUUAAUAUGUGUGAGCUAUUAACGUUUGUUUGUUGUUUUUGAAAUCAAUUCAGAAGUCGGAUGUGAUAUGGAUGUCGAAAUUUUGCUUCUUUAUUUCGCUGCUGUGGAACAAAUUCAAGGAUGCAAGUUUCUGCUCAAAGUGAAGCAAUGGUCACAGGCGUACGAGGUUAUCAUGGAGCAUAUUGUCACGGACUGUGUUAUCAACGUCAACUUCCCUUAUUUGGAAUCACUACUGAACGAGUUCAAGGAUGUCAAACAAAUCUCCAAAAAGUUCAUCAAAGGGCAGAUUUUGAGCGACUUAAUCGAGCUAAAUGUGAAGUUUGACCUGCUCGGGAUGCUCUCGACGACGAGGUGGCCGAGGCUCUGUUCGAAGAACUCAAGCCCAAACUAUCCGAUCUGUGCUCCGUGAUCAAGAAGUUUCCCUGUCCGACGCCGAAGCAUCGGCUCUGUCAGAGCGAAACCACCCAGCGGUUGGCAUGUCUCAUUCGGCAUUCUCCGCUCAGGAUCUGCGUAUUAACAGCUGUGUGUUCAUGCGAAAUGCGCUCGAAAAGCAGCCUUUUCCCCGGGAGUAUGUGCUCGAGGAAUUGCUGCUUAUGCUAAGCGCGUUUCUGGACGAGGAUUCAACGAGUAUCAAUGAGAUAGUGUUUGAAGGAAAAUUUUAAUGUUAUUUUUAGUUUAGUUUAGAUUAUUACUGCAAUAGGGAAAUAAAAAGACACUCAAGAAUGAAUGAAUGGACACACAUUCUCUCGUAGGCAAAAAAAAAACUAUUGAAAAAAUAUAUGGCAACAGAGCGUGUGAAAUUAAUCAUGAUAUUUAUGUAUGUUUGGAAAUAAAAUAAUUUGGCAUAUGAAUA